AUGGUGACAGCCAAAGGCAUACUCAUUGGUGUUGUUAUUACAAUUGCCAUUGCUGUUGUAAUUGUUGUACCAACUGUAGUAGUAACAACUCGAUCAAAGCAGAGUUCAAAAAAAACUACAACUCCGCCGCCAUCAUCUGAUUGCAUUCCUAAUAAUUCAACAGACACAUAUUCACUGGUCACUGUUACACUUCCCAGUUCGAUCGAUGAAGACUUGUUCAAUAAAGCAAAUCAACUGUUUACACUUAAAUUAUCGUGUCCAAUCUUAGAUGUUGAAAACUACGUUAUAUUUAAAAUCACCGAAGGAACUACACUCACAGACGGUGCGGGAUUAAAUGUUGUCAAGUCUAACAGUUCCAACGAUAGUAUCACAAUCGUUGACGGCUUUCCUCCUGGUGCCGUCUUAUUUAGUCUUAUCGGUCAAGAUAUCUAUGGCUUACCUAUCUUUAUUUUGGAACAAUAUCAAUGCCACGGUGACGGAAAUCAACAACAACAGCGGCAGAGUCAGUCAUUAACCGUAAAUACAAACCAACUGGUAGAUUUACAAACCCGCUCGGCAUUAUUUGUAAGCGAAUCAAAGUCGACUCAAGUCUACGUAGAACAUCGUUUUAUUACUUCGGAGGUACCAGGCGGCUAUUUUGGAUCACAAUUCAACGAUUAUUUUAGUAUUACACUAAUCUCUGAAAAAGGUACAUAUAGAACAAUAUCACAGAGUAUGAAUGCACUGGGCCUUGGUGCUUUUGAUUAUGCUACGGGAGCAACAUCAUGGACAAACCUUACAAUGCCUGUAGGUCUAGAGCCGGAAGUCAUUCAAAUUGCCAUUGGUGUUUCAAAUGUUGCAGAUGGACAGUUUCAAUCAUCUGUUACAGUUGACAAAUAUGGAUCGGAUUUGUGUGUUGAAAGCAAAAAUGAAUGUGAUCAAUGUAAAUCCGAUCCAAUGUCAUCCCCUACGUGCCUGAAUCCACCGACGAAAAGUUGUCAGUUCUAUGUCAGUUGUAUGGAAACAAAAACAAAUUGUGGAUCUGACGGAUAUGCGCUACGAUAUGGAUCAAAAUAUUGUACCAAAUUUAUGAACAAUAUAAAAUCAUUCAGUUCUGAAGGUCAAACAUGGGUUUAUAUGACAAUGAAUUGUUUACAGAAAGCACUGGUUACACCGCUAAAAAACUGUGAAAACAACUGUAAAAAAUUAGAAGAUUUAGCAUUUGCAUCACAUCCGUCGUGUUAUGUUAGUAGUGGGGUGUGUAAUUUACCACCGUCAGAUUGGUUUUCUAUACUUGUAGUUAUCGCUAAAGACUUAUCAGCUAAAAAAAGUCUUGUACAAGCUUUGAAAACCAGUACAAGCUGUAUACCCGAUAUAAUUAGUCGGAUCGAACAACUGCUUUUAACAACACUAGAUACUGUUACAAGAUCUGCUAUGUUAAUUGUCCGUAUGGUUUCAGUCAUUGUUAGACUAAUUUGGUGCAUCUCGAUAUGUUUUACUACUCUAUUGCUACAUUCAUCCUUCUGA